UUACCGGAGGAGCUGAACGGAGACGGAGCGAGCACCGACCGGCAGGUGAAUGAACCGCACACCUACAGAUCUUGACAGCCGCGGCGUCCUCGCUCUCCCAGCCCAGGCAGGGUGCACCGUCCCCGGGCUGAAUUGUGCGCGGACUCGGCCUCUGGUUCCGGAGCUCUGCAGCAUCUCUCGGUGUUUCUCUCGUCGCUUCUCUGCAUGUGUGCAUGAGGACAGUUUUUUUUUUUUUUUCUUUUCUUAUUGCGGGGCUUGUUGAUGUGAGCGCACCUUCUGGAUUGGAGACGAUGCCACCCCCUUCUUCUUGUUCUUGUGCAGAGCUUUUCCUCUGACUCUGGAUGGAUUUCUGAUGGUUUUCUAACCCGCUGGAUUAGGAGAUGGAGUGAUUCACUGCUGGGAACUACAGUGGAAGUAACAGCCUUCAGAACUGCACACACAGACUGGAUUUUCACUCCGAGGUUCCUGUUGGAGGCUUCGACUGCAACUGAGGAGCUUCUCCAUCACUUCUAAUCAGUUUUACCCUCAGUGGGAUUUACAUUCAUGGAUCUGAUGAAAGGAUGCUGCAGGGACCUGAUGAGGGACUGAGCCCCACCUGAACCCCUCCUCCCGUCCUCGUCCUCGUCCCCCUCGCCGCCCUCGCUGUCGCCUCCCAUCAUGAACCUGUUGUGUCGCGGCCGCCUCAAGCUGCUGGUGGCGUCUCUCACGGCCAUCGUCCUGCUCACCUGGCUCUACCUGCUGGCCGGAAACCUGGAGAACGGACGCUCCCUCCUGCUGACCCCCUGCCUGGCCGACACGCCGGCCGCCCAGGUCUUAGAGCGAGCCGUCCUGGAGUCUCGGGUCCGAGAGGUGGAGGAGGAGAACCGGCAGAUCCGGCUGCAGCUCAGCCAAUCGCAGGGCACCGCCGCCCAGUCGCCGGACGGUAACUAUGGCAACCAGCAGUGGGGCGCGUCCGCGGACACGGGGCCGGAGGACGGCGAUAACACGGCAGAGGAGAAGAACAACCACACCGAGUGUCCUCGAUCGCCCACCGUCCAGAAGUGUGAGCUGAUCCAUGUAGCGUGCGUUUGUGCCGGUCACAACGCCAGCAGAGACGUGGUCACGCUGGUCAAGUCGGUUCUCUUUCACAGGAGAAAUCCGCUCCACUUUCAUUUCAUCACCGACACAGUAGCCAAUCGCAUCCUGAGUUCUCUGUUCCAGUCCUGGAUGGUCCCGUCUGUGCAAGUCAGCUUCUACGAUGCAGAUGAACUUAAGUCCGAGGUGUCGUGGAUACCCAACAAGCACUACUCAGGUAUUUACGGCUUGAUGAAGCUGACGCUAACCAAAGCUUUGCCCUCCGACCUGUCGAAGGUCAUCGUCCUGGACACAGACAUCACCUUCGCCACCGACAUCGCUGAGCUCUGGGGCAUUUUUAGGAAGUUCACCGACAAGCAAGUGAUCGGUCUGGUAGAGAACCAGAGUGACUGGUAUCUGGGCAACUUGUGGAAGAACCAUAAACCCUGGCCGGCGCUGGGGAGAGGCUUCAAUACAGGCGUCAUUCUUCUCUACCUGGAGCGACUUCGGCGAAUCGGCUGGGAGCAGAUGUGGCGGCUGACGGCAGAGAGGGAGCUAAUGAGCAUGCUCAGUACAUCGCUCGCCGAUCAGGACAUCUUCAACGCCUUCAUAAAGCAGAACCCGGUCCUGGUUCACCAGCUGCCCUGCUUCUGGAACGUCCAGCUGUCCGAUCACACUCGGUCCGAGCAGUGUUACACCGAGGUGUCCGACCUCAAGGUGAUCCACUGGAAUUCUCCCAAGAAGCUCCGUGUGAAGAACAAACACGUGGAGUUCUUCAGGAACCUCUACCUGACCUUCCUGGAGUACGACGGAAACCUGCUGAGACGAGAACUGUUUGGCUGCCCGAGUCAGGCCAGUCCAGACAGCGUCCAGCUGCAGUCGGCUCUGGAGGAGCUGGACGAGGACGAUCAGUGUUAUGAUUUCCGCCGAGAGCGACUGACGGUGCACCGAGUUCACCUCUACUUCCUGCAGUACGAGUACACGCCCACUGAGGACGACACCGACGUCACACUGGUGGCUCAGCUCUCCAUGGACAGGCUGCAGAUGCUGGAGGCCAUCUGUAAACACUGGGAAGGCCCCAUCAGCUUGGCGCUCUACAUGUCCGACGCCGAGGCUCAGCAGUUCCUGCGCUACGCUCAGGCCUCCGAGGUCCUCAAGAACCGCAAGAACGUGGGGUACCACAUAGUCUACAAGGAGGGCCAGUUCUACCCAGUCAACCUGGUGAGGAACGUAGCCCUGAAGAACGCCAACACGCCCUACGUGUUCCUGACAGACGUGGACUUCCUGCCGAUGUACGGUCUCUAUGAUUACCUCAGAAAGUCCGUGGUGCAGCUGGACAUGGCUCACACCAAGAAGGCUCUGGUGGUUCCAGCUUUCGAGACUCUUCGUUACCGUCUGUCCUUCCCUAAGUCCAAAGCCGAGCUGCUCUCCAUGCUGGACAUGGGGACUCUCUACACCUUCAGGUACCAUGUGUGGCCAAAGGGUCACGCUCCUACCAACUAUGCCAAAUGGCGGACAGCCACCACACCCUACAAGGUGGAGUGGGAGCCGGACUUUGAGCCGUACGUCGUGGUGAGACGAGACUGUCCGGAGUACGACCAGCGCUUUGUGGGCUUCGGCUGGAACAAGGUGUCGCAUAUCAUGGAGCUGGAUGCACAGGAAUAUGACCUGAUGGUCCUCCCCAAUGCUUUCAUGAUCCACAUGCCCCACGCUCCGAGCUUCGACAUCUCCAAGUUCCGCUCCAGCUCGAGCUACCGCAACUGUCUCAACACCCUGAAGGACGAGUUCCACCAGGAUCUAUCGAGGAAGUACGGCUCGGCGGCUCUGAAGUACCUCACCGCCCAGAGGAACAUCUAAACACCGGAGAGAUCCAGCCAAUCGUCGGCCCCGAGAGUUUGGACAUGUAUUGACGCUGCGCUGGGGACCUCGUCACCGCCGACCGCGAACAUGACGGUAAAGCUUUACAGCCCUUUCAAGCAUUCUCGGGCUCCUGUGCGUUAAUUCUCCAGUCGACUCCACCUCAAGGUGACCGAGAUGAAAACCCCGAACAUGACUGCGGAUUUUUCUGAACGCAGGAUUCUGACAGAGCUGAAAGGACGAGCGUGGAUACGGAUGGGAUUAGCUUUAAGGCUGGGAAAUAAUAACCAUAUUCUUACAAUUUGUUGUGACAAUCAGGGCUUUUUCCAGAACUACGAACCAGUCGGUCUGCAUGGAUAUCCGGACAUGACGGGACCCCUUCACUUUGGUGACAAACGUAAGAGAGAAGACUGCAUUUGGGAGGCCAGUCGAACUGGAGAAAGAUUUAAGCCUUAUCACUUUCAUGAUAUUUACUAUGAUAUUUAAUGAUAUUUUCAUUUCUUUCUUUCUUUUCCAGUGUAAAAGCAGAACCAAUGAUAGUGAACAUUUACAAUGUUUUGAUUACGGCUUUACAUAAGAAUCAGUUUAUUUUUCCUUUCUAUAUUUUCUGACCUCUUUAAAAGAAAUCCAUAGUGUCCCAGUCAAAUUAUUUCAGAUUUUCUGUGGGCUUCAGGGAUGUGCUUUGUGUGUAUGUGUGUGUGUGUGUGUGUGUGUGUGUGUGUGUGUGUGUGUGUGUGUGUGUGUGUGUGUGUGUGUGUGUGUGAUCCAGCUGCGUCAUACGUCACGUCUACAACACACUUGCUGCUUGUCGUCAGUGUCAUGCUCGCUUCUGUCUUGCAUGUAAACAGUUGCACUACAUGUUCUUUUCACGUUAAAAAAUAUAAAUUAUUCAUUUCUUCUGCCAUCAUUCAUCCCUCUGAAAGCUGCAAAAAUCUAUAAAUGAUAAUUCGUAUCAUUACCGAUUGGGACCAACACUGGCCCCUGACAGUGAGUUGUUGCUAAAUGAGACGAAGGGCAGGAGCUUGUUUUAUCGUUUUUGAGCCAUUACGUCUAUAGUUUUGUCUGAUUCACUGGAUAUAUGUGCCAUCUACUGUUUUACCCACAAUCCUGUUUUGUUUUGGAAAGUCCAGCUGAAAUUUAAAAAAAUCAUAUUUUCCUGCAGCCAAAUCUCACAUUUACUCUUAAUUGUUUGUAAAAUGGAAGAAACGCCACUUCAGCUUCUAAACUCCGAUUUCUAUGAACCUGAGACCUGGUUAUUAUACUGAGUCCAGUCAAAUACAGGUCGGGUUCAGCUGUGACUAGGUGGUGCAUCCCAAUUAUCACAGAAAUAUUAGCUUGUCGAGAGUCUAUUCAGACUGAAAUAUCUUACAGUCCUUUUCAGCCAGAGUGUGAUUAUUUUUUUGAUUAGUCGAAGUUUUUUGGUCUGCAAAAUAUAAGAAAAAAAGUCAAAAAGAUUGAACAUUGUUGCCCAAAUCCCCAGAGAAAGCCUUUCAAAGAAACUACUCACAUUUAUGAAUCAGAGAAUUAAGACUUCUUUUGUUUUAGAAAAUUAUUCACACUGAUUAAUCUGUUAUCAAGGUCCCAGUGCCAGAUGGCACCACCAAUUCUGUGUUAUUUGAGCUUCACUCUUGUACAGUAGGAGAUAGUAGUGACACAUUGUCCACCUUUAUAUACAGCAAACAUACUGGGCUAUGCAGAGGUAAAGUGUAAAAAUAAACAUUUAUUCCCUUUGAAUAAUGAUUAUUUUGGACUAAAAGACAACACUAGACCUAUAGUUUGCAGAGUUGUAUGAUACAAUGAGAUGCAAAUAUAUUUAAUUUCAGUUGGACUUUAAUAUUCCUAAUUUAAUUGUUGUUAUUGUUUUUUGCUUGGUCUAUCCAACAUUUCCAACCAGUACAAGAUUAUUCUUUAAAUUAAUUACUGAUCAUGCUGCCGUGACAUGUAGUGCUGGUUAUCGGGGAAAUAAUUCCUACUGAUUUGAGUCUGAUCAUAACUGACCAAAACUUUGCCUCCUGACAAACUAUUUGAAAACUGGUCAGCCAAAUUUCUCCACAAUUUGGUGUCAAGGUUGAUAACGAUGUUUCUGACGUCCUUCCCCGUAGCACAGGACAAGAAAAGAAAAAUCUGGGAUGCGAAAUUACAGCUUGUAGCGGCAUCCAGCUUCAGUUUUGUUCCUCUUUCUUGUUUUCCUGUUGAAAAGAUUUGUUGUCCGUUUAUUUUCUUGAUCUCUGCCUGCAUUUGACGGGAAAAAAGGUAAGAGGAAAAGACGUGAAAGAAGAAUCUAGUGUGAUUUCCAUUGAGCGUACGGCAGACACAGGAGUCAGGUACUAAGCGUUGGAUCGUGAGCGAAGGCGUUUGGUGAGGAGUGAGUUUUAUCGGUGCCAUGAAGAGCCCUGCUCCCUCCCCGCUGCCAUCCACGCCGCCUCCAUUGACUUGUUGUUGAUUGUGGUAAAUGCUAGUGCCUUUGCUGUAUUGUGAAACUGGAUAUUGAUUGUACCGUUGUACCGACAGGGCCUGGGGAUAGUCAGGCGCUCUAUUUAUUAUUGUUGACUCAAAUCAAUCAUAUUUUUCUAUGUAAGUGCUUUAAAUAAAUUUGCCCUUUUUUAUGA